AUGUCGCCGCUGCUCCGGCUGCUGCUCUGUUCGUUGGCUCUGACAACCUAUGGCCAGGGCAUGAGCAUGUCGGCAGAGGAGGAGGAGAUGCUCGAGGAGAUGGGCAUCAAGGGCGCGCCGAUGGGCCGCAAGAACCUUGACCCGCAGGCGGCCCCAUUCAAGUCUGACCUCAAAUACAUCUAUUGCGGCGUGUGCCGUAAGAUGGUGGAGCAGGCUCACGUCAAGGCGCAGGAGAUCCUGACGAAGCGCUUCGAGCAGCUCAAGAAGAAGAAGCGCAAGCGUGAUACGACCGAGUUUGACGGCGAGGGAGCGCCCGAGGGCGAGUGGGUCGGGAAGAUUGACCUCACGCAGGAGGGAGACAAGCUGGUGCUCGCGUCUCAGCCUGAGGCGGGCAAGUGCAAGCGCGAGUGCCGGACGGUGGAGGCGGCGUGCAACGAGGUGCUCGACCGCGCAGACACCGAGUUCACCGAGAUUCUCUACAAGGCGAUCCAGGACGGCAACGACCUCGAGCAGGCUAGCCGAGCCAGUGAGAGGGAGGGCUCUGUGGUGCAGCGCUACAUCUGCAACCGCGCGGCGGGCGUGUGCAAGAAGAAGACGCCGCCGCUCAAAGGGACGCGCAAGCACGACGAGAGGUUCCACGCGCUGACGGCGGAGGAGAAGCAGAUGCAGGACAUGCAGGCGAACCUCAAGGAGACGGGGAUGAGCGGGACCAUGUACAGGAGGGAGGACCUCGCCGGCAUGAUGGACAAGAUGAAGGACUUUAUGCCCGAAGGGAUGGGCGGGGAGGAGGGCGGGGAGGGCAGCGUCAACCCCGCCGUCGACGAGGAGGGGGACGUGUACGACCAGGAGUCAGGCCUGCCCAUCGCUCGGUCGGCCAGGCGCGCGGCGACGAAGCUGACGAGGCUGCGCACGACCGACGCGCCGCCGAGGUCGUGGCCGCCCGGGUGGGUCACGUACUUGACGUCGGCUCCGUUCGCGGUCAGCAGAUCGCGCACCCAGCCGGAGCACGCGAAGGGGAGCGUGCCGUCCGCCAUGCCGUGCGUGACGAGGACGGGAAGCGCCUCGCCCGCCUGCUUGAGGGCCUGCAGCCGCGCGGACCACUGCUCCACCACGAUCGGAGCGCCGGAGAGGAAGACGACGCCGGCGGGCGGCUCGGUCGGCGGCAUGUGCAGCGCGGUGUCCAUCGCCGUCAUCGCGCCCUGCGAGAAGCCCGCCAGGAGCAGCCUGCGCGAGGGCAGCGCCGAGCCGCCCCCGGCAAAGGCGCGCACCUCCGCGCACAGCUUCUGCAGCUUCUCGCGGCACUGGCUGAGCCCCACCGGCUCCUCCCGGAUCAUCUUUGCCAUCGAGUCGGGCGAGGCGGUGCUGAUGGCGAGGAACGCGGCCACAUUGAUCUGCCACCACGCUGCGCCGAGCAGCGGCGACGGGGGCGCCUGCGGCAGCACGUACACGAGCCUCCGCCCUGCGAGAGCCUGCUCGCCGCCGAGCAUCCUGGGCAGGUCGGCAAAGUCCUCCUUGGUCGCUCCCAGCCCGUGAAGCACGAUUACAGCCAGCUCGGCAGCCUCGGAGCCGUCGAGAACCGAGGGCGGGCCGAUCACGAGCGCGUCGUAUCCGCCGAAAGUCUUGCUGGCGCGCGCCAUCCCGCCCGCGGCGCUGCUACCGCCGCCGCCGCCGCCACCGCCGCCACCGCCCUUUGGAGCCGACGCCUCGAGCCGCUCCUGCGCCUCGGCAGCGCGAGAGCGCAAGUCAGCCUUGUCAAUACAAUCCUCGAAAGAGAGACCGGAGGAGCGGAUCAGCUCCUUUAGUUCCUUGAUGGAGAGCGUCGUCAGGUCCGUGGAAUCGGACAUCGCCGCGACGGCAGUGCUCGUACA